CUAGUGUUCUAAUACCUCACAAACAGUGCAAAAUAAACGAUGAACACAAAAGCGUUUUUUGUUCUUUUUUUCCUUACUUAUUUUGUGUCAACGUCUGCAUCACCUUAUUACAAGAAUUAUGAGAAGAAAGCAAGACUGUGCGGAGAGAAAUUAGGAAAAGCAUUGAGUAUUAUAUGCGAUGGAAACUACAAUUCACCAGCGAUAAAGAAAUCUAAUAUACAAGCUUUCGACGAUUUUCUUGCAAACGAAUACGAGGAUGACAACGAAAACGGCUUCCUCGACUUGGAAUUAUCGUAUCCGUUUUUAAGUGAAGACAACCCGAGAAAUUUCGUGCCGCUCAAGCCCCGUCGCGGAAUAGUAGAGGAAUGCUGUCACAAUCCCUGCUCAAGAACUCAUCUACUAACGUAUUGUGCGGCUUAGGACAAAAGACAUUUAAUUUUAUUACUUCUGUAUCUAUAAGAAAAUGUAGGUACUAAUAAAGAUAGUUUUCCGCAUGUUU